AUGGUGGUGAGCGUCGUGUGGAUGGUGGUGGGGCUGGGGUGGUUCUGCAUGGCCUGCGCCGCCGUACAGUUGGUGCUGCUGUUGGAAAACCGGCCCUGGCUCCCCUCCCAGCUCCUGCAGCAGGUUUCAUUCUCUUCAUCUUCCACUCACGCCUCGACUCCAACGUCGCUUCUGGUCGACCUGGCCAUGGCGGGCUUGGGCUUCGUGGCACGCCUUGUGCGCGCUUGCUGGGCCACGGCACGCAAUGCAGGAUCCAAUCGCCGACAAAGAUUGCGAAUGAGAAGAUUGCACAACGCCGGCGCAGGGGGCGGCCUGUCGUGGCUGCGCACGUCGCUGCCGCCGCUCGGGCGGGUGCUCGACGCCGGCGGCAGCCUGCCGUCGGGUCCCGGCAUCGCGCGCCGACCCGGCAAUGCCGGCCAGAGUCUCGCCUUCUCCUUCACCUUGAUGAGCUGGCGCGGGACGACUUACACGGAGCCGCUGGAGCGCGAGGUGCGCGUUGAGAUCAGCGGGACCGCCACGCUCAUUCCCACGGUCCUCAACCACAACAACGGCACGUACGAUGUGACAUACAUGGCUCGCAAGGCCGGCAGCUACCAGAUCGCCCUGUGGGCCAACGACAAGCCCCUCGGUGACAGCCCCUACGCCAUCCACAUCUCAGCCGGGCCGAUCGAUGCCCGGCAUUGCACGCUCAAGGGGCCGGGCAUGGGUCCGUUGGCCCUACCCAGCAAGCAGGACACUCACAUCAUCGUCCGCACGGCCGACUCCUUCGGCAACGAGCGAGACACGGGCGGACCCGCCGUGUUCAGGUUGGCCGCGAAGGGCGUCAGCGCCAAGUCUGGGCUGCCCUGGGAGCGAGACAUCCAUGUCGACGUGCAAGACAGCGGCGACGGUUCGUAUAAAUUGACGUUCCGCCCCAAGUCGGGCAUCAACGAACUGUGCCUCUUCUACCGCGACGAUGAAGACGAGCAGCCCCUUCCCAACGGCCAAUGGGUGAUCAACGUGCUCAAACCCAAGCAGAUGGCGGCGCUCGAGACGAAUGUGGAGAAGAAGCGGUUCUUCUUCAAGACCACCCAGAGGGGCUCCACGUUGUGGGUCUUCAUUACCGAGAAGCAAGUGGCCAUCUAUUCGUACCUUCUGGGCAUCGUGCCUCGCCGCCUGCAGGCCGCCCGGCUGCACCGCACCUUGAAGGUGAGUAUCGAUCCGGCGUCGGCAACCGAUUUCUCGCUGGACAUGGACGACGGGCAGCCGCCGCUGGUGUUUGCGUCCAAGGAGCGCAACGUGUUCUACGCCACCUACCACGCCUUUGUCAACCGCGUCGUCGCGAGCAAGAGUUUCGAGGAGCGCCAGCAACUGCUCUUCGCCGAAUUGCGCAAGGCCGGCGGUGGAUACACCACCCAGGUGCAAGCCGACCGAGCUGAUAUGGUGCAGACGCUGCUUCGUCUGGGCCGUACGCUGUCAGUCGACCAGUGGAAGGGCCGAUGGCAGAUCACGUUCCAGGGCGAGCCGGGCUAUGACGCGGGCGGCCUGCUGCGCGAGUUCUUCGCGGUGAUGGGCCGCGAGGCGUUCAGGCCCGAGGCCAGGCUCUUCUCGCCGCUCAGCGACGAAAGCGCCACCUGCGGCGUCCACCCGUGUCCCAGCCGGCCCAAGCUCAAGUCCAAGUCCAAGGCCAAGGCCAACGACGCGUCUAGCAAGGGGAAGGACAAGGCAGCCGACCACGACAGCAGCGGCGACGACCAGAAGAAGAAUGAAGAAGACGAAGGCCAAGAAGGAGGGGAGCAAGCGCAAGGGGCUGCUGGGCUGGCUCGGCGGUGGCGCCAAGGACGACGAAAAGAGAAGGAGGCGCUGGAGCUCUACAAGGCCGCCGGACUCUUCCUGGCGAAGACGGUGUGGGACGCGGCGGUGCACGGCUCGGCGCACCUGGUGGACGUGCGGUUCACCCGCAGCUUCCGCAAGCAGCUGCUGGGCCUCCCGCCGCACUUCACCGACUGGCAAACCGACGACCCCCAGGCAAGUCGCCCACGCGCAUCACGCUUUUACAUGUCGAAGGUGAAGUAUCUGCUGGACAACGACCCGAGCGAUCUGGAGCUGACCUUCACCGAGGAGGUGUUCGACCAGUCGGGCGCCCCGGUCGGCGAGGUCGAACUCAAGCCGGGCGGGCGCGACAUCGCCGUGACCGAGCUCAACCGCCACGAAUACCUCCACCUCCUCGCCGAGUACCGCCUCUUGAAGAGCGCGGAAGCGCGGAUCGGCGCCUUCAAGGAGGGAUUCCACUCACUGAUUACGGAGGAACUGAUCUGCAUGUUUGACGAAAACGAGCUCGAGCUGCUGUUCAACGGGCUACCCAGCAUCGACCUGGCCGAGUUCAAGGCCGCCGUGCAGUACAACUCCUGGCGGGCUGGCGACGAGGUGGUGCGCUGGUUCUGGGCGGCCGUCGAGAGCUUCAGCGAGGAGGAGCGCGCCCGGCUGCUGCAGUUCAUCACCGGCUCGUCCCAGCUGCCACUCGGUGGCUUCGGGGCUCUCACCAGCCCCAUUUCUAUCAACAAGAUCUACGGGACCGACACGUUGCCGCAGGCGUCGACGUGCUUCAACCGGUUCAACCUGCCCUCGUACACGUCGUACUCGGUGCUCUCGGAACGUCUCCUCUACGCCAUCAACGAGGGCUCCCAGGGCUUCGGCUUCGCCUGA